CACGCUUGGCUGUCGUGACUACAGAGAGGGGCACCAUGGCCCCAAUAAACCCUUUUAAACCCCACGCUGUCGUACUCUUCCGCCGUGUCGGACUUGCUCCCGGCUGUCCGGACACGAUCGCCGGAGUACCGGGCACGCCUGGCCGGAGUGUCUCCUAAACCUCUCUGGAGUGUCGGGCAAACCUAGCCGGAGCGUCGGGUUGGUCUCCUUGCCCGAAAUGAGCUUCCAGGAUCUGGAGAAGAGGCGGCCAUCAACGAUACACAGCAGAGAUGGUUCUCAGCAGAGCUCCUCGUCGUCUCAGGCCUUAGCGGCCGGAAUUUUCCAGAUAAACACGGCCGUGUCCACUUUCCGACGACAAGUGGAAGCUCUUGGAACAUCCAAAGACACGCCUGAUCAUCGUCAAAAGUUGCACACUACUAGACAGCGAAUUGGGCAGCUGGUAAAGGAGACAUCUACUAAACUCAAAGCACUGAGUGAUGUAGACCAUUUGGAAACUGAUACAAAUAAGAAAGUAGAACAUGCAAAGCUUGCAAGAGAUUUUCAAGCCAUCUUGAAAGAUUUCCAAAAAGUGCAACAGCUUGCUGCUGAACGUGAGACUGCCUAUGCUCCUUUGGUUUCCAAAUCUGUGUUGCCCUCGCGUUCUGGCUCUGAUGAUCCGAAUACGAGUUUGGACACAAACCAGGAAAAUCAAGGCCUCCUGAGAGAACAUAAAAGGCAAGAGAUAUUGCUGCUAGAAAAUGAGGUCGUCUUCAAUGAGGCCAUAAUAGAGGAAAGAGACCAAGGGAUUAGAGACAUACAAGAGCAAAUUGGGGAAGUAAAUGAAAUUUUCAAGGAUCUGGCUGUAUUGGUUCACGAACAAGGAGUUAUGAUAGAUGAUAUCGAUUCAAAUAUUCAGAGCUCUCACACGGUGACUGUUCAAGCUAAAACCCAGCUUGCAAAAGCCUCCAAGAGUGUGAAAUCGAGGUCAUCAUGGAGCUGUUGGCUGCUGAUAAUUGUUCUCAUUAUUGUGAUCAUUGUGGUAAUUGUUCUCAUCAUAUGAUAUUUGCCUCUUUUGGCCUCUUUUCUUAUUUUUUCUUUUUCUUUUUCCUUGUAAUUCAUGCCCUUUGUGCAGCUAGCUUCUUGAAAUGUGUGCCGGUGUGAAGGUGUUACUUGUUUUGUGUAAUUUUUGCAUCUAUUGAGGCACAUAGACUCUUUGAAUGGUAUGCCCUGUGUUUGAUUUGAUUGGUUAUUUGUAUAAAUUUGGUUUGUAUUACUUGUGAGACUUCAUUUCUCAUAUUCGUUUUAAGUUUUUGACUUGGAUUUCCUCUUUA